AAUGGCAACUGCAACUCUUAACGGCUUACUGCGCCUACUUCUGACUGCAAUCAUUGCAAUAGGCUGUUUUGUGACUGUUUUCCUCAUGUAUUUUAAACCGUCAGGUAACUGGCUUGCAAAGCCCAUUGAAUCAUCAACACUACCAAUUCAGAAGGAAGAAGAAGAAAAUAAGGCUCAUAAUAAGACUAUAAUUCUAUUAUGGAUGUGGCCUUUUGGUCAGUCCUAUGAUCUAGACACUUGCAGCACCCUGUUCAAUAUUGAAGGCUGUUUUUUAACAGCUGACCGAGACCUAUACAAUAAGUCAAGUGGGGUCAUCAUUCACCAUCGAGACAUAAAAAGUGAUUUAUCAAAUCUACCACCAUUGCAGCGCCCACCUUUCCAAAAGUGGGUGUGGAUGAAUCUAGAGUCCCCGUCACAUACUUAUAAAAACCCAGGUCUUGGGAAUAUUUUCAAUUUGACUUUGAAUUACAGGCAAGAUGCAGAUAUUGAAGUGCCUUAUGGGUCAGUUGUAUUCAGCCAAAAGGAGGGGAAAGCUUUCGUAUUGCCAAUUAAAACUAAAUUGGUCUGCUGGAUUGUGAGUAACUGGAACCCUGACCAUGCCAGAGCGAGGUACUUCAAUGAAUUGCACAAACACAUCGAGAUACACACCUAUGGAAAAGCCUUUGGAGAACACGUCAAUGAUCAAGACUUCCUGGACACAAUAUCCAGUUGUAAAUUCUAUCUUUCGUUUGAGAACUCGAUUCACAAAGAUUACAUCACUGAAAAGCUGUACAACCCACUAGCUGCUGGUUCUGUGCCAAUUGCUCUUGGGCCACCUAGGCAGAACUAUGAGAACUUUGUGCCUGGAGAUGCCUUCAUACAUGUGGAUGAUUUCCUCUCUCCCAAAGAGCUGGCUAACCAACUCACACUGUUACAUACAAAUGAACAAAUGUAUCUGCGGUAUUUUGAGUGGCGCAGACAUUUCAAUGUCAAGAGGUCACAUUUCUGGGCUGAACACACAUGUCAUGCCUGCGAUUACAUUAAAAGACACAAUGAAUAUAAAGUUUGUAAUAACCUUGACACUUGGUUUUGGGGUUGA